AUGGCAGCAACAGAAUACUUCACAUCUGGCGCCAGGCCUCCUCUGGAGCAACAGAGCUCGGGUCUGCACCCGCCUCAUUCACAGAGACCAAGUCCGUCGCAGCCUGGUUUUGGUUAUCAACCCGGUCACCCAAGUCCACAGUUUGGCAGCAAUGCACCACCAUCGCCUUACGCUCCCCAUGCCGCUCCUCCACCACCGCCUCCUUAUCAACCACUGAAUAACGAAGCCAAAGUACAUUUCGCUCAAGAUCCUCAGCUCCCUCCUCCCGGCCAGCCGCGACCGUCUCUCUCCAGCCAACCCACAUACGCACUAAACCAGCCGAACUUCCAAGCCAAUCCAGGGCAACAUUUGGCGCCUUACCCUCCAGGCCCCUACGUGCCUCAAGGGCCUUAUCACCAACAACAAACUUAUGCACAGUCGCACCACCGACCCCACCACCGACCCUCGCACAGUGAUCCGUCGAGACCAGACUAUUCCUCAGACCCCGAGAGUCACCGGCAUAGGCACAAGAACCGGCCGCGUCGUGUUUCAGACAACUCGCGGUCAACGAACGCAGAUGGCUUCAUCGGCGCUGCGGGCGGAGGUCUCAUUGGCGAUCUGAUCUUCCCAGGUUUGGGUACAGUCGGUGGCGCACUGGUCGGAUGGCUAGGUGGCAAGGACUACGGCAAGCACAGAAAGUGGCGAGAAGAAAAGAGGGACCGAGAACAGGAUCGAUGGGAGAGAAAAUACAACAAGGGGGACAGCGGCAGUGACCGGUCGAGGAGUCAUAGUCGGGACGACAGAGACAAGGAUACCCAGCGGAGCAGACAUGGUCAUGCGACCCGGCGAAAGAGUUAUGACUAA